AUGGGUACUUACAGGAAAAGAUUCAACGAAAAAGCCAGAGCUGGCCAUAUGGCUAGGAUAAAAGAACUAAAAAGAAUUAGAAACAAACAGUUCUACAGACAAGCUGAAGAAGAAGAAAAUAAUGAAAUCGAUGGCAAAGCUGAACCAACAAAUACUGCUCGUGAUAGCAAUGCAGAAAUAUUGGAACCUCUUACGGAGGAAGAAAAAAAGCAAAAGAAAAGGAAACUAGAGGAACUCUUUACACCAAAAGAAUCAAAAGUUUCUAGACAGAAGAAGAAAAGGCUAGAGAAAUUUAUCGAACAUCAAAUUAAGAGAGAAGAAAAGAAGGCCAUCAUACAAAAGUUACAAGAUUAUAAGAUUGAUACGUCUCUAUUGACAAGUUCUAAAAAGUUAGGCCAAGGUAGACAAACUAAGAAGGAAGCUUUUGCUGAAGCCCUCAGUUUAGAAAACCAGGGAAGAUCAAGUGAACAAACCAAGGAAAUUCUUUACGAAGAACAUGCAGUGAAGGAAUGGAAUGGAACUGAUCAAAAUCUUAAUGAAAAUGACGUCGAUUCCUUCAGUGAUGACGAUGAUGAAGACGAUGAUUUUGAAUCUAAGUUUGGUGAUACUAGUAGCACCCCGAAAUCUUCUUUUAUAGAUAAUAGACCUGCUAAGUUUGGUGGUUCUGGAAUUGGAUUUGGAUUUGCGAAUGUAAAAGUUGUGAAUAAAGACAAGAAACCUCCAAAGAAAAAGUACAACUGGAGACAAAAGGUGGAACUUCAAGAAAAACAUGCCAUAAACGAGGAAGACGAUCAGGAUUUUAUCUCCAGUUCGGAAGCUGAGGAAAGUGAAGAUGAAUCGGAAUCUGAUGCCUUCGACGAUGAUGCCGAAGUAGCGUCUGAAAUAGAGGGCUCAGAAGUAGCAGGAGAUUCACAAGACUCAGAAGUAGAAAAUGUCGAAGAAAGUGGAGAACGCGACGAUGGUAUGUUAAGUUCAGAAGAAGAGCUUACUGAAAAACCAAAAAAAUUCUCACAUAGCAAAGAAGCUGAAGACUUCAAAUCGUGGGCUAACCAAGAAAUAAAAAAGAUGGAAGGAAGAGACAUUGAUACAAGUACUCCAAAAUUGAAUAUCCCGUAUACACCAAUAAUUAGAGAAGAGGAUUUAGAAGACGGUUUAACACAAGAUAGCGUUCCAAUCGAUGAAACGUCUACUAGAAAAGCAUUCUUCGUUCAGGUAAAUAGGCCAGAUGAUAUCCAGAAGGUUAGAAUGCAACUGCCUGUGUUCAAUGAGGAACAUAACAUCAUGGAAGCUAUAUACCAUAAUGAUGUGGUGAUCAUCUGUGGUCAAACUGGUUCAGGUAAAACAACACAAGUUCCACAAUUUUUGUAUGAAUCCGGUUUUGGUAACACUGACUCGCCCGACUAUCCAGGCAUGGUUGGUAUUACACAACCAAGAAGGGUUGCAACAGUUUCUAUGGCCAAUCGUGUUGCAAAUGAAUUGGGCGACCAUGGCGAUAAAGUAGCCUAUCAGAUUCGUUUUGAUUCAACGACUAAGGAUAAUACUAAAAUCAAGUUCAUGACUGAUGGUGUUUUGUUGCGAGAAAUGAUGAAUGAUUUCAAAUUAACCAAAUAUUCAUCUAUUAUCAUCGAUGAAGCUCAUGAAAGAAAUAUUAACACUGACAUUUUGAUUGGUAUGCUAAGUCGUUGUGUGAGGUUACGUGCCAAAGAACACGCUAAUGACCCAAAAAAUAGUAAGAGGCUAAAAUUAAUAAUUAUGUCGGCUACUUUAAGAGUAUCUGAUUUUAGUGAAAACGGCGUCUUAUUUCCAACCCCUCCACCUAUCUUAAAUGUAGAUGCCAGACAAUUUCCUGUGUCAGUACACUUCAAUCGUAAAACCCCGUUUAAUUAUGCGGAUGAGGCAUUUAGAAAGGCAUGUAAGAUCCAUAGAAGGUUGCCACCUGGUACAAUUCUUAUUUUUAUGACCGGUCAACAAGAAAUUAAUCAUAUGGUAAAGAAGUUAAGAAAAGAAUUUCCAUUGAAAAAUAAAAUUAGUAAGCAACAUCACAUUUCAGAGGUUAAAAUCAAUCCUAAGAAUGCAGACUUAGAAGCGGAAGAGAUAGAUAUUAGUGUACAAGCACUGGAUGAGGAAAAAUUCAAGGAAUCAUUAGCUGUUAAUGAAGAGAACGGGUCCGAUGAUUCUGAUAAUGAAGAAGGUUUCGAAGAAACAUUAACUGAAGGACAGACAGCUAAUGAUCCUUUAUACGUCCUGCCAUUAUAUUCUUUAUUACCCACAAAGGAACAAAUGAAAGUGUUUGAACAGCCACCGACUGGCUCGAGACUAUGUAUUGUUGCUACCAACGUCGCGGAAACUUCUUUAACUAUUCCAGGCGUCAGGUAUGUGGUUGAUUGCGGUAGAUCUAAGGAACGUCAAUUUAACGAGGAGAAUGGUGUACAAAGUUUUGAAAUUGGGUGGAUCAGCAAGGCCAGCGCAGACCAAAGAAGUGGUAGAGCUGGUCGUACAGGACCUGGCCAUUGUUACAGAUUAUAUUCUUCAGCUGUCUAUGAACGUGAUUUUGACCAGUUUUCUCGUCCUGAAAUAUUAAGAAUGCCCGUUGAGAGUAUUGUAUUACAAAUGAAGAGUAUGGCUAUUCAUAAUAUAGUGAAUUUCCCAUUUCCUACUUCACCGGAUAGAUCUUCUUUAUCAAAGGCUAUUGAGUUAUUACAAUACUUGGGGGCAUUGGAUGUUCGAGAAAAGAUAACUGAAGAUGGUAAAAAGAUGAGUCUUUUCCCACUACCUCCAAGAUUUUCUAAAAUGUUAUUAGUUUCAAACGAACAAAAUUGUUUACCAUAUGUUGUGUCAAUAGUCAGUGGACUCUCCGUGGGUGACCCAUUCAUUAGCGAAUAUGAACUUGGUAUAAAUGAAAAGAAACCAGUCAAAAAGACAGAUGACGAGGACAGCGGGACAAGGGAGGAGGAACAGGGAGAUGGCUUGGAUAUUGAACGGGUACGUGCCUUGAGAGCUAAAUUUUACAAAAGCAGAUCCAAAUUUCAAAAGCUUGAUAAAUGUGGUGACGUAUUCCGGUUAUUAAGUGUUAUAAGUGCAUUUGAUUACAUUCCUAAAUCACAAAGGGAAAAUUUCAUUAGAGAUAACUUCCUGAGAGGGAAGAUUAUGGAAGAAAUUUCUAAGUUAAGGAAACAAUUAACUUACAUCAUAAAGUCCAAUCUAUCCAAAGAGAAUAUAGCUGUUACAGUGAAGGAUGAGGAUUUGAAAACAAAGAUUCCAGAUGAAGUUCAGGUUAAACUUUUGAAGCAAAUGGUUUGUGCAGGGUUUAUUGAUCAUGUUGCCAUCAGGGCCGAUCAACUUUUCCCUGAAGAAGCUACUAUUACUAAUAGGACAUCAAUGAUCAAUGUUCCAUAUAUACCGAUAAUGGCUCAGCGGAAACCACAGAUAGAAGAAUGCUUUGUUUAUAUUCAUCCAACGUCAGUGUUAAACAAUUUAGGUGAGAUGCCACCGAGGUUUUUAGUCUACCAUUCUUUAAAUUUAGGCGGAAAUGAGAAGACAAGAAUGAGUGCAUUAUGUGAUAUUAAGAGUACGCCAUUGGCCAACAUUGCCAGGAAAGGUGCAUUGCUGACAUAUAGCAAACCUUUGACUGGUCAAGGAUUAAAGAGUAUCAAUAUUUCUGUAUCUGAAAGGUAUUGUUACGUUGUUCCCCGUUUUGGUGCUUCGGUUGAUAGCGACUUGAAAAUUGGAUGGGAUUUGAAUCCGAUACCUGUGCAUCAAAAUAAAGAGAAGGGCCAAUGGCUUGUAGAUAGAUUCAUCACCAAUAAGAAUUACAAAGCUGCCGAAUUGAAACAAAAGAAGUAG